AUGAUCGUGACAAAUGGAAAUUUUAUGGGAAAAGGCAUCUUGAGAAAUUGCCUAAAAUUAAAAGAUAACCAAAGAAAACAACUAUAUAGAGUGCGUAGUUAUUACACUCAAAUGGUAAAUGGUGGAAAAUAUACAGGUAUAAAAAAUGUAAAAAAUGCAUGGAAUUGGAAAAAUGAAAUAAUGAUGUGGCGACAAGGAAGGUGCAGCUACUACACAAGCAAUAAUGGAAAGAAAUAUAACAAAAAGCUUCUAAACAAUUUAGGAUUUGUUAUAAUACCACAACAAACAGCAUACAUAAUUGAAAGACUAGGAAAGUACAAAAAAACGUUACUAGCAGGUAUUCAUUUUAUUAUUCCAUUUAUAGACAAAAUAGCUUAUGUAUUUUCUUUAAAAGAAGAAACAAUAACUAUUCCAAAUCAAACUGCUAUCACUAAAGAUAAUGUAACUCUCAAUAUUGAUGGUGUCCUAUACAUAAAAUGUGAUAAUCCAUAUAAUUCUUCAUAUGGUAUUGAUGAUGCAGUUUUUGCUGUGACUCAAUUGGCACAAGUAACCAUGAGAUCAGAAUUAGGAAAACUUACAUUAGACGCAACAUUUUUAGAACGAGAUAAUUUAAAUGAAAAAAUUGUUAAAGCUAUUAAUGAAUCAGCCAAAAAUUGGGGUAUUAAAUGUAUGAGAUAUGAAAUUAGAGAUAUUAUAUUACCUGUUAAUAUUAAAAAUGCAAUGGAAAAACAAGCAGAAGCCGAAAGGAGGAAACGAGCUGAAAUUCUACAAAGUGAAGGAGAAAGAGAAAGUGAAAUCAAUAUUGCCAUUGGAAAAAAAAAAAAAUCUAUUUUAAUAGCAGAAGGACAAUCUUUUGCAAUUAAAGCUAAAGCAGAUGCAACUGCUGAAGCUAUUGAAAUUAUUUCCAAUAAAAUUAAAAAAUUAGAUUCACACAAUGCAAUAUCACUUCUUAUUGCAGAACAGUAUAUAGAUGUGUUUUCAAAUAUUUGUAAAAAUAACAAUACUGUAAUUAUACCUGCUGACUUGAACAAUAUUAGCAGCUUAAUUUCACAAUCUUUAUCGAUAUAUAAAAAUAUACAAAAUGCUAAGCAAUCCAACCAUUCCACACAAAUUCAGUCUCUCCCCAGUGCAGAUAUCAUGCAUUCAGACCAGAAGGACUAG